AGUGUGAUUACGAUUGUAAAUCGUGUAGUUAAAGAUUUAAUUUACCAAAAAAAUUGAAAGAUUUUACAUAUUUUUGAGUAACGUUUUAAAAUAAAUCUAUAUGAAUGAAUAUUGGCUAAGUUUAUAUUAGCUCAAUAAACCUUUAAUGCAACGGCAAUAGAUUAAUUUAUCUUACGUUUUAAUUAUUUAAUUUAAUGAGUUAUUUUAUUAAUAAUUAAAUUAGAAAAUUAGAGUUUAUGUAUAAUUUUCAAUUAAAGUAUUAGCUAAUCUAUUUUAUCUUAGUACACUAAUCAAAAAUGAAACAUUGUCAGUAUCUACUGUGGUUUGCUCAUGAGCAUGUACCUUUUCGAUUACUGGAAAUUGAAUCAAUUGCAUCUGUGUUGAAUAUACCCAUAAAAUGGCUUGAAUCUCCUUCUGAUAAACCUUGGUAUCUGGUAGAAUUACCUAAUGAUGAAGCAGUUGUAAAAAUAUCAGAACGUUCAGUAACUAUGCGCCGAGCUUUACAUCUUUUGGCUGAUGAAAUAAGUAUACCAAUUCUUCAUGAAACACUAAAAAAUAAAUGUAUGAAUGGUAUAUUAGAGCCGUAUAAAUCAAAAUCUUUUAAAUUGGAUGUGGAUUUGUUUUGUAAUUCACAAACACAGCAAGAAAAAGUUAAACGGAUUGAGUCUUUCAGUUAUUUACCAUUCCAAGGAGCUGUAGACCUAAAAAAUCCUGAGGUGAUAUUUCAGUAUAUUGAAUAUUAUGGAUUAGAUCCUAAUGUUGUACUUAAACAACCUUUACGCACUUUUUUUGGUCGUGUUGUGGCUGAAAGUGGCCGAACAUUAAUUCAUAAAUUGUCCUUGAAAAAAAGAAAGUUCAUCGGUAAUACAAGUAUGGACCCACAACUCUCUUUGUUAAUGGCUAAUUUAGGAAAAAUUUCAAAUGCUGAUCUAGUAUUAGACCCAUUUGUUGGUAGUGGUUCCUUAUUAGUAGCUGCUGCAGCAUUUGGAGGUCAUGUUCUUGGAACUGAUAUUGAUUUUUUAAUGUUACAUGGGCGCACUAGGCCCACUAGAAAACAGACUAGAGAUGUAGCUCGAAAAGAUGAAAGUGUGAGAGCAAAUAUGGAGCAAUAUUCUUUUAUUGACAAAUACAUUGAUGUAGUAAUUGCUGAUUCAUCAACUCCUUUUUGGCAUGAAAAUUUAGAAUUUGACUGCAUUUUGACAGACCCUCCCUAUGGUAUUAGAGAACCCACUAAACGAAUAGGUUCUAAAGAUAAAUUACCAAUUGUAAAAAAAGAAAGUUCUCCAAUUCAUUUUCCUUCUAAAGUUGAAUAUGGUUUAAAUGAAAUAAUAAAAGAUCUGAUGUGUUUCUCAUCUAAACAACUUAAAUUAAAUGGGAGAUUGUUAUUUUGGGUCCCAGUGUUUCGAGAAGAAUAUGAUGAUACUCAAAUGCCUAAACAUAGUUGUUUUAAAAUGAUAGGUAAUUGUGAACAAGUAUUGACUACAUUUACAGCAAGGCGUUUAUUGAUUUAUGAAAAAUAUAGAAAACCAAAUGAAAAUGAUAAAUGUAGUUGUAUGAUACCUACAUCAAGCAAUUUUAGAGAGAAGUAUUUUACUCAUGGUGAUGAAAACCGAUUAACUAGAAAACAAAAAAAAUUAGAAGCAGCCAAGAAUAAAGAAAUUCGGUUAGCCAAAUUAAAAGAAAUGGGUGUAAAAUAAUAUUGAAUCUUCUACAUCAAUUGGGUCAACAUCUCGAAUAUCUAAAUUUGCACAUACGUAAUGAGCAACAUUCUCAGCAUUGCAUAUCAAAUGAAUUCCACAAUCAAAACUAUUUUCUUGUUGUCUAGUUGGCAAAGGUGUUAUGAUAUCUAUUAUAUCUUUAAAAUAAAAUUUUAAUUUCAAUGCCAAU